AUCAAGCUAGGGGAACGAGAGGUGGACGACACAUUGGAACGGAAUCGAGGAUUAGGGAUGUGAGACACGAACGGAGCACGAUGAGGCAACAGAGUAACCGGCGACGACUUUCUUCUUCGACCAGAACUGCGGGCGUUCGGCUCUCAUCUUCGAUCAGCAUCUGGACACAGAGCAGGGCGGUGGUUGGCCUUCAUCGUCCAUCGGCUAGCAGCGAGGCAUGGAGGUCCGAUUCCGACCUCCAUGAUUCCGGACGGAAAUCAUACGGAGGCUUUCUCUCUGAUUCGUUUUCAAUUUCUUCACCUUUCUUCAAUCUAAUCUUUAUCACUAUUUUCUUUAGAUUUGUUCAGUCUAAUUUUGUAUUCACUUGUUAGACUGCCAUGGGUGCCCUUCUCUCUGAUUUGGUUUCAAUUUCACAAUAUACUUAGGAAUUCUAUUCAUAUCAUGGUAUGUACUGUAUUCACAUCUUUAACUUUAAUUAUAAGUGUCCACGAUUUUUACAGACAUGCCAUGGCUUUUGCACAUUGCUAUUGUUUUGCCUUCUUUGAGAAACUUAUGGAGCUAGGUAGGUUUCAUCAGGGAUACUAAUAGAGCAUGUAGCAUCGUCAAUCGACAAUCGUCAUCACCUUUCAUUUCUAUACAAAGCAAGCUCCACAAUAAAAUGAAUUGGAUGAUGAUCAUAGAUGCCACAUAUGCCAUUGGGUUCCUUUAGGGACCCUGUCUAGCUACUUAUAAUCACUCUUUUAUUUGGCAUUAAGGCAAUUGUUUCUCGUCUUCUUUUUCUUUUUGAGAAUAGAACAUGUGGCCAAAAGAGAUGCCGGGCAUUUUUUCUACGCGAAUAUCUUAUUCGGUUUAAAAGGGAAAUUUUCCGGAAUCACUUUUUGGAAGUGAGUAAUUAUCGAAAAAUAGUGUUCAGUAAACACGAUCAUCUUUUUAACAAAUAGCUUUUACCUCAACUUGAAGCUCCUUACCAAAGAUAUGAAUUGCCUCUUAUCUACUCUAUGAAACCAAAUUAGUUAAAACCCCUAUUUGUCCCAAUUUAGUGCACUUUGGAUUUGGUUAGCUUCACUGAACUGUUGGCCUCACAGGCACCUUUUUCUUUCUCAUUUAGUCAUUUACUUGAUACUUUUGUUAAUCCCUUUUUUCUGUUCCAACAAUGUUUAUUACAUAUUGUAGAUUUUUGUUGGUGGAAUCUCCGAACUUAUUUCAUCUGAUAUGGUAAGAGAAUUAAUCUUAACAUCGGUAAAAGGUUUAUUAUAGAUAAUGUUUCUAGUUUCUUUUUUCAUCGUGCCUGAGAGCAUAAAUUUUAUGCUGCUAUUCCAGCUUAUGGAGAUUGCUAAAUCUUUUGGACAUUUGAAAACAUAUCACUUUGAGUUUAAUGCAGAUCUUAAUGAGCCAUGUGCUUUUCUUGAGGUAUCAUCCUAUUAUUCUUUCAUUGGGCUCGGUGUCAAAUGUCUGUUCCAUGAUCAAAACCAUGAUCAAAACCAGGGAUAGACCCAGGGCCUGGAUACUACUGACAAUUAGAAAGCUGGAGCCUCUCAUGCUACCACUUGGGAUUAGGAGGUUUACACUGUAUCUGUGGGCUCGCUUCGAUCAGCAUCUGGACACAGAGUAGGGCCGGUGGUUGGCCUUCAUCGUUGAUCGGCUAGCAGCGAGGCAUGGAGGUCUGAUUUUGGACGGAAAUCGGACGGUGGCAAUCAGUCCAGCAGCUCUCCCUACAGUGAACUCCUGUCUCCGGCGAGUUACAGUGCAUGAGUGUAAGGUAAAUUUAGUGCAAAAUUUGUAAUUACUUUAUUUUGUGCUUAUAAUUUGUUUGCAUAGGGUUCAACAACUAAUGAAUAUGAAAUUGAUGACCUUACAAUUGAUGGUAAUACAACCGAGCAAAGUCAUAAUGAGGAUCGAUGGAAUAAAGAUGAUGAAGCUGAGAGUGAUGAACUUGAAGAUGUAGACAUUGACGAGCAUUAAAGCUUUGGACUAUAUCUGUCAUAUCAAUGCGUAUUUUAAUUUAGUUCACUUUGACUGUUUAUACUUCAGCUUGAAACGUACGCAAAUGAUGAACUAAUUUUGAGAUGUUGGUUUACUUUCUAGUAAAUGGGUUAGUUGUAACCCUUUGAAAUGUUAUCGUAUCAUGUAUUGUUGUUAAUACAAGUAUGAGUAUUAU